AAAGAAUUUACGAUGAUGAAUUCCUCAGCUGAUAAAACACCAUUGUUUAAAUUUAUCAUAAUUGGAGAAAGUGGUAUUAAUUAAUAGUAUUAUUGAGGUGUCGGGAAGUCUUGUCUACUGUUGAGAUACACAAAGGACGAAUUCGUCUCUGAGUACAAUGUCACAAUCGGUGUGGAAUUCUCUUCAAAAACAGUGGAAGUUGAUUAGAAUACAAAAAUAAAGUUGCAGAUCUGGGAUACUGCUGGGUAGGAGUCAUUCAGAUCUAUUGUGAGAUCCUUUUAUAGGAAUGUUACUGCAGUAUUUUUAGUCUAUAAUAUCACAAGGUACAUUAAUAUGCCUAUAAAAUAGACGAGAAACAUUGGAGAAGUUGGAUGGGUGGUUAAAGGAGGCGAAGGAGAAUGCAUCGCCGAAUAUAGUGACUGUUUUGGUUGGAGCAUAAAAUGAUUUGGACGAUCAGUACAAAUUCUACAUAAUUUCUAGACGACAAGUUUCAUAUGAUGAAGGAAAGUCAUUCAUAGACGAGAAGGGAAUCAAUUUAUUCUUCGAAACGAGUUCCAAAAACAAUCAAAAUGUUGAACUGGUAUUGAGUGAAUUCUAUAAUAUGCAUUCACCGAAGCAGCCAAGUUGGUUUUCCUAAACUAUAUAAAUGAAACGAUACGUAAAAAUGACAACAAAGCAUCUAUUGCAUCAUCCGAACACCAAGAUAAUCCAUAAUAGCAGCUACAACCACAAAAGAAAAAGAAAAACGACGACUCAGGGUGUUGUUGAGAAAAGAGUAAAAAAAACCAACAAUACAUAUUAAUAUAUAUCUAUAUCUAA